GUUGUCCAUGAGUUGGAACUUUAUAACACAGGAUAUUAUUUAGGCAUGUUCAUGAAUUCUUUUGCAGUCUUUCAGGAAUGUGGCCUCUGGGUAUUGACGGAUGCAAAGCUUACAAAGGAUUAUAUUGAUGGCGUUUAUGACACUGCAGAGUAUGCUGAGAGGUUUGUGGAGGAAAGUGAAGGAUACAUGGUAGAUAUUCAUGACUUUUCUUCGGUUGGCAGUCCACGUGUCAGAAAGCAUUUUCCAGAGACUUGGAUUUGGCUAGACAACAACAUGGGUUCCAGGAUUUACCAAGAAUUUGAAGUUACUGUACCCGAUUCUAUCACUUCUUGGGUGGCUACUGGUUUUGUGAUCUCUGAGGACUUAGGUCUUGGACUAACAACUACUCCAGUGGAGCUACAAGCCUUCCAACCAUUUUUCAUUUUUUUGAAUCUUCCCUACUCUGUCAUCAGAGGUGAAGAAUUUGCUUUGGAAGUAACCAUAUUCAAUUAUUUGAAAGACGCCACUGAGGUUAAAGUAAUCAUUGAGCAAAGUGACAAAUUUGAUAUUCUAAUGACUUCAAAUGAAAUAAAUGCCACAGGACACCAGCAGACCAUUCUGGUUCCCAGUGAAGAUGGAGCCACUCUUCUUUUCCCUGUCAGGCCAACGAACCUGGGAGAGGUUCCUAUCACAGUCACAGCUGUUUCACCCACUGCUUCUGAUGCUGUCACCCAGAGGAUUUUAGUAAAGGCCGAAGGAAUAGAAAAAUCACAUUCACAAUCCAUUUUGUUAGACUUGACUGACAACAAGCCACAAACAACCCUGAAAACUUUGAGUUUCUCGUUUCCUCCUGAUACUGUGACUGGCAGUGAAAGAGUACAGAUCACUGCAAUUGGAGAUAUUCUGGGUCCUUCCAUCAAUGGCUUAGCCUCAUUGAUUCGGAUGCCUUAUGGCUGUGGUGAACAGAACAUGAUAAAUUUUGCUCCAAAUAUUUAUGUUUUGGAUUAUCUGACUAAAAAGAAACAACUGACAGACAAUUUGAAAGAAAAAGCUCUUUCAUUUAUGAGGCAAGGUAAGCAUUUUAGAAACCUACUUUUAUUUGUAAAAAAAA